ACUCUCUUCAUUUUAUAAUCGUAUAGUUGAAUACGAUUAAUUAAGUAUAUCUUCUAGUUAUUGGUCUAGUUAAUAAAUUAGAUGAGAAACAUUUAGAAUGGACAUAUAGCUGGAAAUAGACAGUUAAAGGAGGACAAAAUCUGCUAAUACGCCAGAGUUUGUGAAGAGAUGAAGAUGUCCAGGAACGGAUCAGGUCUCCAGCCUCUCAAAGCUACUGUUCCCUUCGCGCUGCACAAAGCAGCUGGAGCUGCCGUCACAAAUAUCACUCCAGGUGAUAGAACCCAAGCAGAGUGGCGUUUGCAGACUCAGAUUCGGCGCACAAUAUCUUUGGAUGCGAUUGUAGGGUCGUACCUGCAAGGCCAGUGGCCCAAAGAGGGCGACGGACAUGACAGGGAAGACAAAUCCACACAGACACCACACGCAUGGUUAGCUGGAGCUGAAACAAUGGCUGUUGGAUUUCACAAACGUUCGGCAUCAUGGGGAAAUUCAGAACGUCUCCAGGAUGGAAGUGACGUAUGUGCAGAUUCAUUUUUCAAGCUGAAACAACUGCAACAGAAGAAAAGGUCAGGCGUUCUGGUUGGCAAUCAAGAGAAACUGCACAACCAACAUCAGUCCCCUGCUUUAUUAAUCCCACCUGCGUCAUUGACUCGACUGUCGUCACGUUUGCGUCAAAGUGAAGAGAGACUAGAUCUGGAGCUGGAGAAAGUCUUCACACAUAAUUCAUCAGUUCACCACUCUGGACUGUAUGAGGUUCCUGAUGGCCACAGGGCUCCUGUUCCACACCUGAGCUCCAGGAGUGGAUUUCAGAUUGGAUCUUCCUGUGUAGCUUCCCACUCUUCUUCUUCCUCAUCCACAUCUUGCUCUCCACAGCGCCCUCUAGAACUCGACUCUGUUGAGGAGGUCAGCUCAUGUAUCCUAAAGCUGUCCUCAUCACCACGGCCCAAUAACAGCUACUGCUUUCAGAGAGAUCCACCAGAGGGUUGUGAGAGAGUCCGAGUGUGUGAAGAAAACGUCCUUCCAUGUUUGGACCAAGUGUACAUGUUCUCCUGCCCCAACCCAAACAAAGUGAACUUCUCCACACACACAGGCUCAGCCUUCUGCCCUUUCAAUCUCCCGAAGCCCCUCCUACCUCCAGUGGACUUCCUGAUCUGCAGCCUCUCAGUUUCUCCAGGGUCCUGCUGGGUGGGACAGUGAGGCGUUAAUAACAAAAGAAAAAACUGUGAAUGUGGCAUCUGUUACUCUGUGUGAGAAAAAAAAGUCAGAAAGUGACUGUCUUUAAAAACACUCAGUACUUUUUAAUAUUGCAUUUGCCUAGUAUGUGACCUUACUUUUAAAAAUGAAAUUUUUUCAUUGUUAAAUGGUGGGAAAAGUAAAAGCUUAUUUUCUAAUUUAAAAAGUAAUUGUAAUAAGAGAAUACCACAUUUCUUUGUGAGUCAGUGAGAGUGGUGAAAAUAUCCUGUUGGAAUGGCGGACUUGAUAGAUUUAUGGAUUAAUAAUUUGGGCAGUUAUAUUCACUAUAAGGAGAAGGCUGUUCUUAUAGAUAAUGAAUGUUGAAUAGGCCAAUGGUACUAUUAAGGCAAUGCUUGUAUUUUAAAUUAGCAUU